AUGUCAACAGUUGUAAAAAAAUGUUCAUUUCCAAUUUGUUCAUCAAAUGUUUCUACAAAUCAUGUUUGUAAUAGCCAUGAUAUUUUAACAGAAGCACCUGAUGAAAGAUCAUUAAAUGCUUGGUAUUGUGCUGAUUGCUUUUCAUGUAUGAGAAACAGUGUUAAAAAAUGCGAAUAUUGUAAUCAUUUAAAGGAUGAAAUCCUCGGCUGGGCUCGUAGAAGAACAGUUUCACCUGAUUAUUUACCUUUAUGUUAA